GACGGGAGGUGUGCGGAGGGUUUCUUUAGUGGCUCUCCACUGGAGGGCGAGAGGUAACACGAGUGGGCAGCAUUAGCAAGAGGAAGGGACACAGAGGGAGGAUAACAGCUGGACAUCGGAGAAACACCGGGAGAGAGAAAAAAAAAAACAAGCCCGUGGACUGCGGACUUUCUGCAUCCUCAAACCUGCAUCUGUUCAUAAAAAAGAUGUUGCUGCUAUACUGAAGCACUAGAUGCAGCACUGAAAACUAUCUACUGCUGUCACAAGUCACCUAGACGUCCCUGACGCAGCUCUAACUUCUGUCUGUUCAGUCAGCAGCCAUGACGAAGUCUUAUGAAUUCAACUGGCAGAAGCAUGUCCCUAAUUUCCUGCAGGAAGGUGCCUUGUUUGACAGAUAUGAUGAGGAUCCGUUUGUCUUUGAAUCCGGCUGCCUUUUUAAAGUUGACGAGUUUGGAUUCUUUCUUACGUGGAAAAGUGAAGGAAAGGAGGGCCAAGUCCUAGAGUGUUCUCUCAUAAACAGUGUUCGUGCUGGAGCAGUGCCAAAGGACCCAAAGAUCCUUGCAGCUCUGGAGGCAGCAGGCAGAAGUGAGGCUGAUUUAGACGGUUGCAUCAUCUGUGUGUGCAGCGGCCCCGACCUGGUCAACCUCAGCUUUAUGUACCUGGUAGCCGACAGCGCAGACACAGCCAAGAAAUGGAUGGACGGCUUGAAAUCGGUCAUUCACAACUGCAAGGCAAACAACGUGUGUCCGAUGACCUGUCUGAAGAAGCAUUGGAUGAGACUGAGCUUCCUUACCAAUGUCAAUGGCAAAAUCCCAGUCAGAGGCAUCACAAGGACUUUCGGCUCUGGCAAAACCGAGAAGGGGAUAUUCCAAGCCCUGAAGGAGCUCGGCCUGCCUAGUGGGAAGAAUGAUGAAAUUGAGCAUUCAGCGUUUACCUUCGACAUCUUCUACGCCCUCACUCAGAAAAUAUGCCCACGCACAGAUAUAGAAGAACUCUUCAAGAAGAUCAAUGGGGACAAAAGUGAUUAUUUAACAGUAGACCAGUUAGUCAGCUUUCUGAAUGAAAACCAGCGGGACCCUCGGCUGAAUGAGAUCCUCUUUCCGUUCUAUGACCCCAAACGGGUAAUGCAGAUCAUUGAGAAGUACGAGAGAGACGAGGACCUGAAGAAAAAAGGCCGUAUGUCCAGUGAUGGUUUUUGUCGAUACCUGAUGUCAGACGAGAACGCUCCUGUAUUUCUGGACCGCCUGGACCUGUGUCAGGAUAUGGAUCAACCACUAGCACACUACCUCAUCAGUUCAUCACACAACACAUACCUGACAGGCAGACAGUUUGGGGGGAAAUCAUCAGUGGAAAUGUAUCGACAGGUGCUGCUGUCGGGAUGCAGGUGUGUGGAGCUGGACUGUUGGGAUGGGAAAGGGGAAGAUCAGGAACCCAUUAUUACCCAUGGAAAAGCCAUGUGUACUGAUAUUCUCUUCAAAGACGUGAUUCAGGCUAUUAAAGAGACAGCUUUUGUUAUGUCGGACUAUCCUGUUAUUCUCUCAUUUGAAAACCACUGCAGUAAAACUCAGCAGUAUAAAAUGGCGAAGUACUGCGAGGACAUCUUCGGAGACCUGUUACUCAAACAGCCACUGGAGGGCUUCCCAGUAUGUGAUCUCGUAAAUCACUACUCACACACACCGUAUCUGUCCAGGACCCAGUCAAAACACAUUGAACCUGGACGUCCCCUUCCCUCUCCAAACGACCUCAAGAGAAAAAUCCUCAUCAAAAACAAACGUUUAAAACCUGAAGUUGAACAGAAGCAACUGGAGUCGUUUAAGAGACACAUGGAGGCGGGAGAGAUAAGCGUGCAGGCCGGGGAGGAUGAGAAUGAAGACGAUAUAGAGAACGCUGACGGCAAAGACUCAGAAACUAAAACCCGCAACAACGUUUCCUCAGAAGAGCACAGUGAACAAGACACACAGGAAAACAGCAUCAGGAAGGAGAAGAUUGCUGAAGACGACAUCACUGAGGUUUCAGAAGCGACAGAGGCAGAUGCAACCGAUUUGUCAGAGGCUUCAGAUCUUGAUAACAAAAAGAAGAGUGUGGACGCAGCGGAGGAUGCAGAUGCUGAGCAGCAGCUUAUUGCCUCGUAUAAAUAUGAAGGAGCCACAACCAACAUUCAUCCUUACCUGUCCGCCAUGGUCAACUACGCCCAGCCAGUCAAGUUUCCGAGCUUUGAUAUUGCAGAGGAGAAAAAUAUUCAUCACAACAUGUCGUCCUUCAAUGAGUCUGUGGGCCUGGGCUACCUGAAAACCAACGCCAUCGAGUUUGUCAAUUACAACAAGCGACAGAUGAGCCGGAUUUACCCCAAAGGAGGUCGUGUGGACUCCAGUAAUUACAUGCCUCAGAUCUUCUGGAACGCUGGCUGCCAGAUGGUCUCUCUGAACUUCCAGACUCCAGAUUUGGCGAUGCAGCUGAACCAGGGGAAGUUUGAGUACAACAGGGCGUGUGGGUAUCUGCUGAAGCCAGACUUUAUGCGUCGCUCAGACAGGAUGUUUGAUCCAUUCUCUGAAACGCCAGUGGAUGGUGUUAUUGCUGCCACCUGCAGUGUUCAGGUGUUCUCAGGUCAGUUUUUAUCCGAUAAGAAGAUUGGCACUUAUGUAGAGGUGGACAUGUAUGGCCUUCCUACUGACACCAUCCGCAAAGAGUUUCGUACCCGCAUGGUGAUGAACAAUGGUCUGAACCCAGCCUACAAUGAGGAGCCAUUUGUUUUCAGAAAGGUGAUCCUGCCUGAGCUGGCAGUGCUGAGGAUUGCUGUGUAUGAUGAUAAUAAUAAGCUAAUUGGCCAGAGGAUUCUGCCAUUGGAUGGCCUGCAGGCCGGGUAUAGACACAUCUCCCUGAGAAACGAGGGCAACAAACCCCUCUCUCUACCCACCAUCUUCUGCAACAUCGUCCUUAAGACCUACGUACCUGAUGGAUUUGGGGCUAUCGUGGAUGCACUCUCAGACCCCAAAAAGUUUCUCUCGAUAGCAGAGAAGAGGGCCGACCAAAUGAGAGCUCUUGGAAUUGAGACGAGUGACAUUGCGGACGUGCCAAAUGAAUUGUCCAAGAGUGAUAAGAGGGGUAAAUCGAAUCAGGUGAAGACCAGCGUGACCCCUCAGACCAGUUCAGACAUGGGUCAGAGCUAUAGCGGCACUCAGAGUAAUAACUCUGAAACCAAGAAAGACGCUGCAUUGGUGAACCAGGUUACCAUUGAGGAUUUAAAACAGAUGAAGUCUUAUGUCAAACUGAUAAAGAAGCAGCAAAAAGAGCUAAACUCAUUGAAGAAAAGACAUGGAAAGGAGCACAGCGCCAUGCAAAAGUCUCAUUGCACCCAGGUGGACAAGAUGGUGGCACAGCAUGACAAAGAUAAAUUUACUCUGGAGAAGCUGCUAGAUAAAGCAAUCAAAAAGAAAGGAGAAAAUAACUGUUCUGAGUUAAAGAAGGAGAUGGUGGUAAAAGUGGAGACCCUCACAUCAGACCAUAAAGCAAAGGUGAAGGAUAUUGUUGCCCAGCACACAAAAGAAUGGUCUGAGAUGAUCCACUCCCACAGCACAGAGGAGCAGGAGAUGAAGGAUGCACAUGUAACACAGCAGUGUGAUCAUCUGAAGAAACUGCUGUCCACUGUGCAGGAGCAGCAGACUCAGCAGCUCAAACUCAUCCAUGAAAGACAGAGCAAAGAGAUGAAGGCUAACCAGGCCAAGACAUCCAUGGAGAACAGCAAAGCUAUCAGCCAAGACAAGAGCAUUAAAAACAAGGCUGAGAGAGAGAGGAGGGUGCGGGAGCUGAACAGCAGCAACACAAAAAAGUUUCUUGAGGAGCGAAAAAGGUUGGCUAUGAAACAGUCAAAAGAAAUGGAGCAGUUGCAGAAAUCCCAGCGUGAGCAGCUAGAGAAACUGGAGAAAUUUAAUGAGCAGCUUUUGAAAUCACAUCAUGCAAACUCUCAGAGUCAAGGCCAAGGACAUGCAGAAGAUGGUGAAGCUGGAGGCGGAGAUGGACCGCAGACCAGCAACAGUGGUUUAACCACGCCGUCCGUCAACUGAGAAGCCAAGAAAGAGACUCUCUCCUCUACAACUCCACUUCUACAACUCCCCGGCACUAUACAACCUCUGCUGACUCUCCUCUCUGUGGACCCUAUGGAACCAAAAAUAUUGCCCCACCCCACUAAAGUGUCCCUUAGCUGUUCCUUCUACCCAGCUCUUUCUUUCCUUUCUUACCUGAACACUCUCUAAUAUCGACCUCUGUCUGUAGUCCGUCCUUACUACCGAGGUGCUCUUUCUGCCGGCUUUAACAGCACUAUGUGUACCUCUGGAAAGGCAAGACCCUGGUGAGGUGGACACACUCACUGCAAAAGUGUGUAAACGGUACCAACCAGAUUCCACAGUGGCCAUCACAUCUCUCAUGAUGACCCCAAACGGACAGAACUCAGAGUUGUUCUUUGUAAACCUUUGGUCGCAGUGGUACUAGUUUAUAGUAGCAGCACCAGGCAAAUAAAGGCUACGCAAUGAUUUUUCUUUUUGUCAGCACAAAUUUUGUGAACGAUAGGCUACACAAGAGCUGAGUUAAAUAUCCUGAGCACUUUAUUUGUUGUAGGCCGUCAAAGAUUUUGUAGCAGCACUCAGUUUCACCUAUGCUAAGAAUGUAAAGUCGAUCGUUCGUACACUGUAUUGAGGAAGAAACUUUUUAGGAGUGAAUGAAACCAAACAUAGUAGACAUCUUACACUGCUGUUCUUUUACUUUUUUGUUGGUAUUUUUUAAGACUUAGGAAAUAUUAAUAAACAGCUUUACAAAAUUAUUUUUAUUUAUUCAUUUUAAUAAUUGUUUAGCCAGAUUUUAUCUGAAGUACCACUAAAUUGUUUGUGUUUGCAGAUACAUUUUGACACUGUAUUGUUCCUGCUGUUACAUUGUUGCUUUGUUCACGUUUCCAUGUUCUGAUUGUUACGGUGUUGACCUUCCAUGGACCCUAAGCAAAAACCCAUAGACUUCAACUAGUGGGGUGGUAGGACUUUCAUCCAUCAUUUGGUAGGACCUUUAUUUUUUGCAUAUUGCACUUAUUUAAUAGUUUAUUUUGAAGUAAUGGGUGUAACGAUACAUAUAGUACUAUGAUACACCAUAAUCAAACCUAGAUAAAAGUGCCCUUUGAUCAUAAUGCUAAAAACAUGGAAAGCAUCUCAUAUUUUAGACCUUAAAUUAAUAAAAAUAAAUAACAAGUAAUAAUAAGUAAUUGUUGUUCUUGUAUUUGAGAAACCCUGUCGUAUCUCAAUCCUUAACGAGUGUCUCAGUACUUUUACACUGUUCCUUUGACACAGACACCCCAGCUUAUCAAAGUGGUUAGGUUAUAGGGCACCAUUUAAGACAAGGCCUUUGUGUCUGGGGCAUGCACUGCAGGGUGAAUACUGAUAUAGCUAUAAAGUAAUGUUGGUUCACUGUUAAUUGGUUUACUAACUAAGUGUAAGUCCUAUAAAAUAUGUCAAAAUAAUUAGCACCAGGUAUUUAUAUCAGCUCAGUCACUUGAUUAGUGCUGUAAAAAUUAUUUAACUUUGCAUCUUGCACUGUCUGUGCUAAUUACACAGCUCUGCCACUGCAUUUCAUCCAGUCUUGUGUGCACAUACACACUAGGAAAAAGUGAUAUCAUGGUUAAAGCUGUAGUACGCAUAGUAUUUGCUAAAUAUAUUUGAUCAUGGGUGCUUGGGUGGCACAGAGGUCUAUUCUACCAGUCCACCACCACUGAGGGGUGAGGGGGUGGCUGAGACCCUGAGAUGGACAGUGUUUCCAUGUGAACCUGGACCAAUUCAGACCAUGAAAAAAGUGGUUGAUGAAACUGGUGUUAAACAGUAAGGCCCGACUUACAAAUAAUGUUCCAAUUUAUCCAAAAGGUGUUCAGCGCUGUUGGGGUUGGGGCUUCGUCCAGGCCACUAAAGUUUCUCCUUACCAAACUCUCUAAAUUGUUGAUACAAAGUUGGAGGCAAUUAAUUGAUGUCAUUAUUUUGUGCAUGGAAGCAAUGGAUGUUUGCCUCCACAGCUUGUAGAUGGUCAUAGAGUAUGUAUCAUUACACCCAUAGGAAACGAUCACUGAUAUUAGAUGAGUGCAAUAAAGUUUAAUAGGAUUUAAGAAAAGGAUGCAAGCUUGAGCUUUUAGCCUGUGGCUAACCUGUUCAUUAACUGGGACACCAUAGAGGCCAAAAGCAAGUCUCAUGUUUAUGAAUGUAAAAAAAAGGAAGCUGGGUUGACGUACAGUCAUGUGAACCACACUUCUGAUUUCUAACUCUUGCCUGAGCUGCACUGUAGUUUGGAAGUUUAACUCUGUACCUGUUGUGGGAAAAGGCAGCUCUGUCCAUGGGUAAUUAUCUGUCAUCAGGGUAAACUGAUAAGCCACAGCAGUGAAAUCUGAUACCACUUGGUUUUGCUUGUAAUAAACAGUGUUUUUGCUGUACUAGAUAAUAAUGGGUGAGUAUAUUGUCUAUAUACUGGAAUGUAUAAAUGUAGUUUAUUUAACCAAAUGGUUUAACAGUAUGUUUAUUACACAAGGGCUUUGGAAUAGCGUGUAUAUGUGUGUUGUCGGAAAGCCACCUAUCAAUCACUAAGUUAUUGUCUUUCCUUUUUUCCGAUCUUUGACAUGACGACUGGUACAUGUAUUGUGCUUUCACCACAUAUCUAUUACCGAAUAAUAAGCAAAGUGCUUUUAACUUCAAUCCAUCGCUUACAAAUGUGCCACUUGAUGUUUGGUAGGAUGUUUAAAUUAUUUUACAAAUGGACAUGCCAAAAUAGGGGGUUAUUUAUAUACAGGUUAUAUAUAUAUUCAAAUUACAUAUAGUGUGUCUAGAGGUUUAAGAUUAUAUUUCAUUAGUUAGAGGCUUUUUGCACUAGUUGAAUGUUACAGCAACUUUCAUGUAGAAUUUUUUGCUAUAUAGUUUGCAACAACAGAGCGGAUUAUUUUUCCAGAACAAUGUUGCUUCGAAUUUCAUCCUGUUUGUAUUGUUUUUGGUUUCUAAGGUUUCAGCAGCUAGUCAAUGGACCAUUCUGUCAGUGUUUUUGUAUUUAUAUUGUAUUUGUCAAACUACUUCUAGCAAUGAAAAUACUUCAAAAAUACAGUUGUUUCCUGCUACUUUAAUACUGUUUUAUAGUAUGUGUUCCAAUAAACUAUA